AUGGGGCACCAGCCCCAGCGCCAAGAAGACGCUGCAAUAUUGUGAAACUACACUUCCGGAUUUUUCGCAGAAGCAGACCUGAACUGGAACAAUCGCUGUACGGUGAACCAACAGCUGACACAUCUACAAAGCUUUGGCAUUCCCUCAAGAUCGUGGCAGGGUUUGUCAUUUUCGUAAUCUGCGCCACAUUUGCGGUGCUGGCUCUUUUCUAUUUCGAGUGCUACGUGCUGGGUCUAUGGAUUUUGCAUCAACAGAUCUUCCGGAAGCUCAACAGCCCGAAGCCAUUAAAAGUAGUUCACCAAAAGAUGGUGCGAAGAAGAAGCCGUAUGCAAUAG